AUGUCCCUGCUGGCUCAACCCGCGUCAUCCAAUAUCCCAGCUCCUUCAGGUGCCCCGGUAUGGUCAAACGCUACAUCCUCUCAGUCAUCACCAUCCAAGCCCACGGUAUUGAGUGAGCUGGCAUCGGGCGUUCCAUCAAAGGUAGCAGCAUCAUCCGGCAAGCCUGGCAGCGAGCAGGCCCCGUCAGCCAAACCAUCUUCUGCCGAGCCUUCGUCUGAGAGUCAGUCCAGCGGACAUGGACCAUCCUUCGUCAAGCCCUCCUCGUCCGGCGGACAUUCCGCCCAGCCCGCUUCCCCCGGACAGCCGUCCUCAACAGGGCACACUUCAUCACGCCCUACUUCGGCGGGCAAUCCCCAGCCGCCAACAGUCGGUCCCUUCGAGCUUCUCGGGUGCUUCGCUUCUUCCAGGGGCUUUCCCACCUUUCAAAAGGUUGCCUCGAGCAAUGCCAUGAGCUUGGACCUGUGCGCCUCGAGCUGCCCUUCGCCGUUCUUUGGAGUCUACGACACUGACUGCUACUGCGGCCAAAGGAUCGAACCAAGUGACGGCAAAGUCAGCAACGCUCAAUGCGACAUGCCUUGCCCCGGUAACAAGAACCAAGUGUGUGGUGGCAAAGCAAGACUCGCUCGCCGCGGCGACGUUCCCGCAGGUCUGCUCCUCUCCGUCUACGAGCGCAAGAAUGAGCGCCCUACCGCGGCGCUCAAGGUCGUGACCAGCACCCAAGUCAUCACCGUCACGUCCUGCCCGCCCGUAGUCACAGACUGCCCCGUCGGCCAGACGACCACCAAGACCUGGAUCGCCACGGUGACCCCCCGGCCGGGCCCGGAAGAGUGGCACAACAAGGUCGUCACUUGCUACGGCGACUACUGCGUUUCCGGCCACGGCUGCGACGAGUGCCAGCACACGCGUGUCGUCUUUGACGGCGUCCGGUACCAGUGCGAGGCGUCCCCGGAGUCCAGCCCGCACAGGCUCGUCCACUGCAAGGACGACGAGUGCAGGUACUCCAAGUGCCGCGGCGACCGCUGCAACCAAAAGGUUGUCUGCUGGGACGGCCAGUGCACGCCCGCGGCCUGCUACGGCGACGAGUGCGACAAGAAGCUGGUUUGUAGCAACGGCCACUGUGAGCACCAGGCUUGCCACGGGGAAGACUGCCACAAGAUGUGGGUUUGCGACGACGGCCACUGCACUGCCCAGCCUGGCUGUACCGGUGAUUGCGUUGCUCCUGCGCCUGUGAAGCCUGCUCCCGGUGCCUCGCCGAGCUCCGGUUCACCUGGCUCUGGUCCAAAUGGUUCUGGCUCGCCAAGCUCCGGCUCCCCCGGGUCUGGUUCACCGAGCUCCGGUUCGCCUGGCUCUGGUUCAAAGGGUUCUGGUUCACCCAGCUCUGGUUCACCUGGUUCUGGUUCAAAUGGUUCUGGCUCGCCGAGCUCCGGCCCCUCCGGCUCCGGCUCCGGCUCACCCGGCUCCGGCUCAGGCAAACCCGAGAACCACGGCAAUUCCGGAAAGCCAGCGGACUCUGGCAGCCCCGCCAACAAAGCAGGCAGCGGACAUGUCGAGGGCCCCGGAAAGCCUGGCAACGGCAGCAGUGCCAGUCACGAGCCAGAGCCCGACAAGUCCGGCCACAACGGAGCUGCCGGCCACAACGAGCAUCCCGCCAAGCCCGGCAACAAGGCCGACGCCGGCCACGACCAAGGUCCCGGCGAGUCCGGCAACAAGGCAGGCUCCGGCAACAAGCCAAGUUCCGCCGGCCCCAGCCCUUCCGGCGACAAGCAGCGUCCCGCCGGCGUCAAAUCCGCGACACACCCCAAGAACACGUCGCCCGUGGUCGCUGGUUCCACCAAGCGCGCAGUCGGUUUCCACAUCCUGGCUGCCGCUGUUGGCCUGGCGCUCAUGAUGUAG